AUGGCAUCAUUCUUCAACUUCUCCGGAUCACCAGUGGAGAUAGAGAUCAAAUUAGCAGGUGAAGAUGAGAGGAGACAGGUGGAAGUGAAAGGUGAUAAAGAUAAGAGGGAGAUGUGUCCUGUUUAUUAUGAUGGGGAGAGUGUGACUGGGCAGGUCAAUGUGAGAGUGAAAGACGGCCGCAAAUUCCAGCAUGAUGGUAUACGAAUUGAGCUUAUCGGGUCGAUAGAACUAUUCUACGACAGAGGAAACCACUACGAAUUCGUAUCCUUAUCUCAAGAAUUAGCCUCAGCAGGAGAGAUGCGACAAGCUCAAACAUUCGAUUUCACUUUCAAGAACGUAGAGAAGCAGUACGAAUCAUAUAGCGGUAUCAACGUGAAACUACGGUACUACCUGAGAGUGUCGUUAAAUCGGACUGCGAAAGAACGUGAAAUAUGGGUUCAUUCCUAUCGUAUGCCACCUGAAGCGAACACAAGUAUAAAGAUGGAAGUGGGUAUAGAGGAUUGUCUGCAUAUUGAAUUCGAGUACAACAAAGCCAAAUAUCAUCUCAAAGACGUCAUAGUAGGUAAAAUCUACUUCCUCCUCGUCCGAAUCAAGAUCAAACACAUGGAACUAUCCAUCAUCCGACGAGAAACGACCGGCGCACCUCCGAACCAAUAUAACGAAUCGGAAACCAUCACCAAAUUCGAGAUUAUGGAUGGAGCACCCGUCCGUGGCGAGACGAUUCCAAUAAGGUUGUUUUUAGGUGGAUUCGAAUUGACUCCAACGUUCAGAGAUGUAAAUAAGAAAUUUUCGACGAGGUAUUAUCUGAAUUUGGUCUUGAUAGAUGAAGAGAAUAGAAGGUACUUCAAACAACAGGAAAUCACAGUGUUUAGAAUUCCGUGA